UGAGGAACGCUCACAACCGGAUCACCACAUCAUGAAGGUGUUCAUCGUUGCCGCCGUCCUGGCCGUGGCCGCCGGUGCCCCGGCCCCGGAGAACCCGCCGUCCUACCGCCCGGCCCCGGCCUACAAGCCGGCCCCCUACCACCCGGAGCCCCAGUACAAGGAGGAGCCCAAGCCGUACGCCUUCGACUAUGCCGUGAAGGACGGCUACUCGGGCGCUGACUUCGCUGCCAACGAGAACAGCGACGGCAAGCAGACCACCGGCUACUACAAGGUGGCCCUGCCCGACGGCCGCAUCCAGACCGUCAAGUACGUCGCCGACCACUACAACGGAUUCAACGCCGAGGUUACGUACGAGGGCGAGGCCCAGUACCCCGAGUACCACCCAGCCCCGGCCUACAAGCCCGCCCCCUACAAGCCGGCCCCCGCCCCCUACAAGCCCGCUCCGGCUCCCUACAAGCCCGCCCCCAAGUACAACUAGUCCGAAUGCCACUGUGAUUCCUGUCCCUGUUGCUGCGUAUUUAUUGUCCAUCAGUGUGUUUGUUUUAUGCAAUACAAUGUGAAAUGAAUA